AUGGAUAUAUUUUCCCUCUGUUUGACUCUCUGUGUGCUGUCAACAGUAACAUUAUCCAUGCCACAGAAAGCUGCUCCCCCUGUUAAUUUGGGACGACCGUUUGAAAAAUUCACAAAUCAAACCUUGGACGAAAUCAUAACUGGUGCUAUGGGAGGGGUAGAUGUGGCCAGCAACAUGAUCCUGGCGGACAACGGACACAUUCUCGCCGAGCUGGACAUGUACCUCACCAAGGAGCAGUUUCUGGGCAUGUACCAGCCUCCAAAACCAGAGGAUAUGAUAAAAAUGGGCAUGAUGCCAGCCCCCAUUGGAGCUCCGCCCAUGAACGAUGGACAUGUACAGGAUUUCACGGAGGACUUGAAGGGUAACGGAGUCAGGCAGAAAAGAAAGGCAACAAGGAAUGUCCGACUACGGUGGACUUACGCUGAAAUCCCCUAUCUGUUCGCCAAGGGACACUUUG